ACAUAAGGUUGCUCCUAUUUCUUCGCCGUCUGGUUCAGACCAAGAGAAUCGUUCUCCGAUGUCGGUGCUAUCUGCAAUGCAAUCAGAUGCUUUUGGAGCAUCAAUAUCAAACCCACCCACAGGGUGUACCUCCCCUGUGUCAUCAGAUGAUGGGAAUAAUAUUCCUGCAUUGGUGAGUCGAGAUGAAAAUUUGCCUUCCCAACAAACAGAGAUCGAUCAGUCCCACAAGGAAAUAAAGCAGGACAACAGCGAUGGUGAUUUAUCUGAAGAGGAUUCCUCAGGAAUGCAAGAAACGAGUUUGAAGCCGUUUGGGAAGACAGUUAUCAUCCCAGACCCAAGGAAAGCUUGCUCCUCAGAUGGAGUGCACGGAGAUUGUGAGCGAAGCACACAAUCCUCGAACCAGGAAAUGAUGCAAGCAUCCUCAAUUGGAGGGAUUGCAGCAUAUACUGCACCUAAUGGAUGUCAUCUUGCAUAUAAUUCUCUCCCAUUCCAUCUUGGUGAAUCAGGAGAUGCUAGGAUUGCUCCUCUCCAUGUAUGGUGGCCAUACUAUGGAUUUCCCAUUGGCCACCGGAGAGGUCCAAGUACAGGUUUGCAUAAUGAAGCUACCUCUGAGAAUGAGACUGGAAAGAGCCCUUCGGUUGAAUCAAGUUCAGACUCCGUGAAGACGAUCCCCAUGAACUGCAAAGUUUUCGAGUCGCGGGGUACAAUCCAGAUGCCGAAGUCAGCUUCAAAUUUUGAGCUGAAACCGAGUGUGAAUUCGGCCUUCGUAAGAGUGAAGCCGAGCAGCAGCGGAGAUCAUUCGGUAAGGGGAUUUGUGCCAUAUAAGAGGUGUAAAGUUGAAUAACCCAAGUGGAUAUUUCUCUGCAGCUAAUUUAACAGAGAUUAAUUCUGAACAGCAGAAACGUCCUUGUUCCGGUGUGUAUACCAUUUUUCACUUGCAGAGAGGCAGAGGUUGGCUGUGUAUGUGUAUUAGCUACCUGCCUUCAGCCUAAGAAGCUGCAGGUAGUUGCUGUUAAGCGUAGACUGAAGAAAGUUAUUAGCAGUUGCAGCCUAAGAGGAAACCAGUUGUGGUCUGUCGACUAUUGACGGGCGCCAAAAGAAUAGCAGGGGAGGGAGUCAUCGAUGAAUGGAACAACGCAGCUGUAAAUCUAUGUAGAGUAUUCUCUUAAUGA